AUGUAUGCAGUCGCUGGCACCUUAGGUCGAGGGAAAUCUUUCGUCGACAACGGAAGCCUCGUGGCUCCAGAAGUCCAGGUGGAGGGGGCGCAGACAAAACCUCCUUUCUACCUUGGCUUUGCCACAGCUGCUCCUCAGAUUGAAGGCGCCAACGCAACAGACGGCCGUGGCCCUUCCAUCUGGGACACAUAUGCUGCCAUCCCAGGAAACAUCGACAGCGGCGACACAAGCGCGGUGGCGGACGACUUUUACCACCGGUACCUGAAUGAUAUCGCCGCGAUGCACCUGCUGGGGGUAAAGAAAUUUCGCAUGUCCCUGGCCUGGCCGCGCAUCCUGCCGGGCGGAGAUGGCCAGGUCAAUGACAAGGGGAUCAACUUCUACGGCAGGGUGAUUGAAGCGCUCCUGGUGGCUGAGAUUGAGCCGCAUGUGACUCUGUACCACUGGGACCUCCCUCAGGCGCUGCAAGAUCGGUUUGGGGGCUGGAACAGCGACCAGAUUGUGCCGAUUUUUGCAGAGUAUGCGGCCACAGCCUUCAAGGCGUUUGGGGACGCAGUGGUCCACUGGACUACCUUCAACGAGCCCUGGACCUUCUGCUUCCUCGGCUAUGGCCAGGGCUCUGGUGCCCCCGGCCUCAACGAUAAGGUCCAGGCGUGGAAUUGCGUGCACAAUGUGCUGAAGGCGCAUGCAGCGGCAGUGAAGCAGUUCCGCGCGCUCGUACCCAACGGCAAGAUCAGCAUGAACCUCAACUGCGACUGGGCCCAGCCGCUGACCGCUUCUCCACCUGACAAGGCUGCAGCCGAGCGCAAGAUGGAAUACAUGCUGGCAGCGUUUGCAGACCCCAUCUUCAAGGGUGACUACCCCGCAUCCGUCAAGCAGCGUAUCUCCUUCCUGCCCCAGAUCACGGCCCAGAUGGCAGCUGACCUGAAGGGAUCUGUGGACUACUUCGCUCUCAACCACUACACUUCCACGUAUGUGGCAGACAAGGAGGGCGCCAUAGGUCUGCAGGGGCCGUGUGACUAUUCUGAAACACAGGUGGAUUUGGCCGGCAAGCUGAUCGGCGCCGAGGCCGAGAGCGAUUGGCUCAAAGUGACGCCCUGGGGCUUCCGGCUCAUGCUCAACUGGGUUAACGACAGGUACCAGCCCAAGGAGAUCAUCGUGACAGAGAACGGCAUGAGCAUGAAGGGCGAGGACGCCAUGCCAAUGCCACAGGCUCUGCAGGACACACAGCGCGUCAACUUCUACCGAGACUACAUCGCAGCGGCCACCGAAGCUGUCACCAUCGACAAGGUGCCAAUGACGGGAUAUUUUGCCUGGAGCCUGCUUGAUAAUUUUGAAUGGGGAUCCGGUUACAAGAAGCGCUUCGGCGUGGUGCAUGUGGAUUUUACCACGCAGCAGCGCUACUACAAAGCAUCCGCCAAAUACCUGGUCACUCUCUUCAAGUGCACUCUUCUGGACCCGACCUUCACAUACCCUUCUGACUAG